AUGGACUAUUUCUGCGACAUAUGUGGGGUAGUCGACAAUAUUCAAUAUGAAUAUGAACCGUACAAGACGGUGCCCCGUGAACCCGAUCAUGAAGAGACUGUCGAGAUUGUAUGUGAAGCUGAUCCCCACGUGCACCCAGGUGACGUGGAUAUUCUUCUAGGCCAAGUAAUUACACCUCAAGCUGGAGCCUUCAUGAGCACCACUCAAGCAAUGGCCGCGAUGGAGAAUUGGAGCCGGCCUGAAAAUUUUCUUCGAUCUAACGCGAGAGCGGCUGAGAGGUUAUACAGAAAACUCUACUUCGACCAAGAUUUUCAACGGCUUCCUGUGAGAAUAAUUGUUCUUGCCAUCUUUAAAAUAAUGGACAGAAUCUUUUUCGCGCAGGCUCUGUGGACGCACGUACGCAUUGGCUUGGGAAAUAAUUUGGGUUCCAUAAAGGCACUAGGAGAGACGAAGUGUGGAGUUUACCCCCUCGAAAUACAAUUAUCGAGCAGUGAUCUGAACUGCAACCGCAAAAUAAAGAGUAUUAAAAGACGUGUUGAUUUGAUAGUCGAGGUUCUGAUCCACGAAAUGUGCCAUGCCUAUCUCCCAGUGACAACAGGCAGGCUGGGACAUCCAGACAUCGAUGAGUAUGGUGGCAAGAUACGUGAUGGCCACGGCGUUUACUUCGGGAGCCUAAUGGGGUUCUGCCAGAGGAUGCUUGACACCGUCGGAUGGAGAGUGGAUUUGAGUGUGAAAGGUCGCUUUAGAGUCUAUCAAUUCUCAUCUCCUGAGUGGUCAUUGAGGGAAUUGCAGACAGCAAGGCGAACAUCGAUUAGAGCAUGGUAA